CCCGGCCGCUCCGCGCGGGCGGACGGGCGGUGGGCCGUGCCCGGCGGGGUGCGCGGCACAGCCGCUGCUCCCACCGGGUAGCGGGACUCGGGCGCUCCCGGCGCGGGCACUGCUCGGGGCCUGCACUGGCCACGCCAGCAAUAGAAAUUUAUCCUCCUCUCAACCUUUACUUUUCCUUAGCCGAGCGUUGAAGGAUGCAGAGUUUCCCUAGGGUCGAGAGCGAGCGCAGAGGCAAAAGAUGGAAAUCAAAGACGCCUUUGCUCGAGGCUGGUGGCCAUCGCCAGUGAAGGAGCCCGACAGGGAGAAACUUGGAGAGCCUGUAGCCCACACCUCACAUGGAGACCCCCUUUGGCAGGGUGGAAAAAAACCCCCAUCAUGUAGAUACUUGCCAUGUUUUGUGCUGUAAUACGUGCAGAAAAACUCGGGUUCGAAGGAGGAGCUCCUGGUAGGAAUGCACACUGACAAUUUUAGGCAGAAACUUGAAUAUAGCAUGCACUUCCACAUAGUUGGCACUGUGCAGUGCAGCCACAUUAUUACACUAGUGGUUUGCAGCCUUUUUGCCUCAUCCCUGUUGCUGUUUCCCUGUUGGUUCGUUGUGCCGUCCAUUUUACCACAAAGCUAUCAUUUAGUCUUCUGCUUUUUCACUUUACCCCAUCCAUCUAUCCUCAGACAAUAGCUUAGCUCAUUACAAAAUCUUGAUCCAUUCCCCUACGUGUAUAAUUUAAGAAAAAAAUCAGUAUAGGAUGAUUCUACAUUUAACAGUACCAUUUCACUUGCAUUUCUUUGCCUGUUGAAGUGACUGACCGGUACAUAGAGCGUUGCUUUCUGGAUGUUUUGCUCAGUUGCUGUUCAGUGUAGUGCCUUUUCUGGGGAUGCCUCGGACGAGCAGAAGCUGCCUCAAGCACUGGCUCUCACCUGGCCCGAGGGUCGGACGCAAAAUGAAGGUCAUCCAAAAUGGUUUGUUCUGGGUGUUGGACAAGUCAUAAAAGGCUUAGAUAUUGCUAUGAUGAAUAUGUGUCCUGGAGAAAAACGGAAAGUGACAAUUCCUCCAUCAUUAGCAUACGGACAGCAAGGAUACGCACAGGGCAAGAUUCCACCCAAUGCAACGUUGAUCUUUGAGAUUGAACUUUAUGCAGUAAAUAAGGGACCUCGUAGUGUUGAAGCAUUUAAUCAAAUAGACAAAGAUGGUGACAAGAAACUCUCUGAACUUGAGAUAAGCCAGUAUUUGAAAGAAGAAUUUGCAAGAGAUGGCAAAAAACGUCAUCCCUCUGCCCAUGAUGAAAUCUUAGCUGAUAUAUUUAAGAAGAAUGACCAUGAUAGAGAUGGCUUCAUAUCAGCAAAGGAGUACAAUGUCUACCAGCAUGAUGAACUCUAAGUACUUAAAAAAAAUCUUUGGCUGUUUUCUGGACACUGAAUUCUAAAUAAUAAUACUUUGUCACAGAACUUUUGUAUUUUUUUUAUAGUGGAAUCUUUUUAUAUCUCUUAGGUGACUGUAAAAAUCUUAUUUUUAACAUUCAGCUAAUAAAAUGUGUCAGAUGUUUAAAAAGAAAAAAAUUAAAUUUAAGUAUACUAUGGUCUAAUA